GUCCGACCGGAGGCUUACGGAAACCCUCGCACCGACUGACUCACCUACUUCCGCACCCUGUAGUGCUAUACCUAGACACAGACGACUGCCUCGAUGUACGCGAGAGCAUUGCAGUCACCAACAUGACCUCACCUGAGCCCUCUUCAUCAACCUUACGGGCCGAGACCGCACAAGGCGCUGCCUCAUCUUCCUCGUCCCGAAAGCGGAAUGAUGAGACAGCAGAAGACGGGACAUCGGAAGGAGACGGGAAGGCAUCCUCCUCAUCUGCACAGAAGUCUGUGUCGCAGCGGCAAGAGAUAUUUGAGGAGUCUGACGCAUCGACCUCGAGCACACAAGCGGCAAAUGACGAGAAGGCCCCGCAGGCAGAAGGGCAUCCAUGGCAAGCAGCCCAUAACGCCUACUACUUCUGGAACAGCCAAACAAAUACGACGACUUGGGUGAAUCCUUUACAAGAGGAAGGCUCCUCGUCGGCUUCGGGCGCGGCCUCGAAUCCAAGAGCGAGCACGUCGGCUGUCCCUCAGCAGCAACAGCAGCAACAGCAGCCAGAAAUGCUCAGCGAGGAAGAUCUCGCCCGACAAGCAGGCAUCGACCCCGAGCUAGCGCACCUCGAUCCGGCUCUGUACGCCUCGCAACUGCGCAUGGCUGCCUCUUCAGCUGCUUCCUCAGGCUCGGCCUCGCUAGCAGCAGAUCGCGAUCCUCAGUCCCGCUUCUCCCAGACGAGCAAGGCCAAGCGUCAAAUGUCGGCCUACUUCGACGUUGAAGCCUGGGAGCAGCAGCGUGAGGCCGAGCACGCCGCCCAGGUUCAGGCCCUAGCUGAUGAAUCGGGCGCGGGUUAUGCAGGGGUGAAGAGGGGAAAGGGAAAUCGACAUCCGAGCAAGAAGGAGGUGCAGGAAUUCAAGGAGAGGAAGAGGGAGAGGAAAAAGGCAAAGCUGGGAUGGCUACAUAGCUGACCAGCUAGCUGGUCGAGUAGCCAAGCCAGAGCGGUAGCUGCCUGAGGUCAAGACCGAGGCGGAGGCGUGCCGGUCUUGAGAAUGCUCGUGAGUACCCACUCUGAUCAAGACAAGGAGAAGGGCUAUGUAUGGCGUCUUUUGCGGCAAGCAAGGCAAGGAGGCGUCUCCGCUUCGACCGCGAUGACAACCUCAUCCACAGCAAUUGGCACAAUCGAACUUGGCCCCUCAUCUUCCCCCCUUCACUCACAUCUUCGCCCGAGGAUUUGCGUGCAGACGGGGUGGGCGAAGCUUGGAGAUCGAAGUGUGUGCACCUGUCUAUAUUA